UUGUCUGUCAGUGAUUUUCAUUCAAUCAUUCUUAACAAGUAGCUAUGUACCUAGGUACCUGAAAUUUUAAAGAAUACUUAAAUACAACCAUAAUAAUCAUAUAUUACGGUAUAGUUACAGAUAGUUUAUAAAUCGAUACCUAAAAUAUAUAAUGCCCUGCUUAAUGUCAAACUAACUUGUGGCUUUUUGGUUUAAUACCGUGUGAAGAAAAUAUAUGUACCUUAGUAAAUUAUUUUUAUAAUGUGUGACGUUGAGGAGCCUCCAGCGAAAAUGCCCCAAAUAGAGAUGGAUCCCAAAAACGAAACCAAUGAUGAUGGUCAGGAAGAGUGGCUGAGCGAGGACAUGCUCACGGAUGAUGACAAUCGUGAGGUGGAUCAAGAUAAAACAGACUCGAACCUGGAAACAAGCCAGGAGGAGGCAGACGAGACAUUUCUGGACGAAGCAAUGCUCAGCGCUGAGCAUUCGAUGGACAGUCAGGACACAGCGCAGUCAAGCCAUGCUGAUGUGACCCAAGAGCCAGAGACAAGCCAAGAGAACACAGAAUCCAAAGAGCCAGCGGAAAGCAUAGAGCAGACUUUGAACAAUUUGGAUAAUGACAGCGGAGACACCGCUGUGAAGGAACAGGUAGAACCGGGGAAGUCUGAUGGCAACGACACUGAUGACCUACUGAGACUGCUAGAAGACAACGAGGAGAAAUCGAAGAAGAAAGUUUUGGUUAAAACAAAGGUUAAAAAUGACGUUAACCGGGGAUUGAAGAAUUCACAGAGUGACGACAGCGGUUCUAGUGAUGACGAGUUCAUAUUUAAUGGUACCGCAGUGCAACAACUGAGAAUGGCCAAGAGUGCGUUGGCUAGGAAACCGGCCACCAAAGCGGUGCCAGAGGAAUUUGAUGGAGAGGACAACGAUACUGAUUGUUCGACAGACGAUGCAGCGAAGACGGUGCAUUCGAUGUUCGCGGUGAAGAAUACGAAAAGUGUGGUAAAAAAAACCACGACCUCGACCCACCACGCCAAGAGGCAGCCCGUGACGAAAGUACUUAAAAUUGGAGACACGACUAUCGAACCUACGACAAAAAAGUUUACGCCCAAACGUUUGGUUAAAACCAGUCAGCCUUCAAAACCAAUAAUCAAAACUAUAGCGCGAGUCAACCACGGGCCAUCAAUUAGGUCUAAUGGCCAUUUUAACAAAACCCCCAUCAAGAAGACAGAGAACAAGCCACCUCCUGCACAUGACGAGAUCAUCAAAGAUGAGGACUUUAUGGAAGGAGACGACUUCGAUCUGGACGAUGACUUUACCAAUUCCGAUGUGGAUUCGGACCAACAGCUGCGUAGACCGGAACAGAUGGAUGAAGACAUGCCAUCAGAUAUGGACAGUCAGACUGACAGCGAUGCUAUGUAUGAUGAUGUCCCAUCUCCGGAGUGCGAUGACCAUAGUGACUGGUUUUCUCUGGACAUCCGAACUGAGCGUGCCAGCGACUACCUGCCUUUGUUAGGAGACAAGGCGCUCACGCUGCUAACAGCUGAGAAGCAGCAGCUGUCUGUGCGGCUGUCGCGGCUCAGUGCGGCCGCAGCCAACGCCGGGCGCCGCGCCCGCAGCCAGGCUCAGCGGCUGCAGCGGGCGUCGGCGGCGCUGGCUGAUAUAGAUGAUAUGCUCAACGCCACAUAAUGUUCACUAUCAUAAAUAUAUAUUUUUAAGUGUG